AGUGGGGGCAAUGUUUAGAGUGAUUCACAGAGAUAUCUAUUUGGCGCGAUGUUUUUUAAGGAACGUCAACAUUUAACGUGUUUUCAAUGGAUGGCACCUAAAUGUACCGGAAGAAUAAUAAAUAUAUUAAAAUAGGUUAUUGCUCGCUGUGAGAAAUUGCAAUGGAUGGAGCAGUCGCUAUCAUUCUUAUUUCUGUGGCUAUGUUCAUAGGAUGUUUCCUAUUAGGGCUUUUUCCACUUAUAAUCAACCUGUCAGAGCAGAAACUGCAGUUUGUCACCGUGCUGGGGGCGGGGCUUCUGUGUGGCACUGCUCUGGCUAUUAUCAUUCCGGAGGGUGUGGAGCUAGUUGAGGAGUCCUGGAGAGCCUCAUCUUGCUCCAACAUAGUGUCCAAUCAAAACACAUCUGAAUCAGAUUCCACUCAAGAAGUGUCGUCUGAGAAGGGACUACGUCCUAACUUCUUCAUUGGAGUGUCUCUGGUCCUGGGAUUCACCCUUAUGUUUGUGGUGGACCAGAUUGCAAGCUACUGCUCCAUACAUGACCCUCGGAUAGGCAUGUCCAGGAGCACCAGUAUAACAGCUACCCUUGGUCUAAUUAUUCAUGCUGCAGCUGAUGGUGUAGCACUUGGUGCGGCCGUGGCCUCCUCUCAGGUGUCUGUUCAAGUCAUCAUCUUCUUUGCUGUGAUUUUACACAAGGCUCCGGCUGCCUUUGGUCUUGUCUCCUUCCUCAUGCAUGCAGGUCUGGAGAAGAAGACCAUCCAAAAACAUCUUUUGGCUUUUUCAGGCGCAGCACCUUUACUGGCAAUAACCACAUACUUCAUCCUUAGUGCAACAGGUGGCUCUUCCCAGCACCAUCUCAGUGCCACAGGUGUUGGCAUGCUGUUCUCAGCUGGAACCUUCCUUUAUGUAGCUACAGUACAUGUACUACCAGAGGUCAACAGUAGAGGGCACUCUCAUCAUCUCCCUCGUCAUGCUGAAACUGGCACCUACCAGCAGGGUGGGCUGGGGAUCUUUGACAGCCUUACACUUCUCCUUGGGGCAGGUCUCCCUGUUCUGUUGGCCCUUGGAUUACCAGAUGAUUGAAAGAUACUAUUUCAACAUUAAAAACACCAAAUUAUUAAUUAUUUUUUUUCACCAAAGUGACUACUUGUUAUGUCAAGUCUUGACAACUACACUCAGUGAAUGUAAUUGCUCUUUAUAUUGUUAAUAUUUAUACUGAUGAAUAUUAUGACAAAAUAUCCCUCACAACAGCAUUGACAAGUUGACAAAUCUGAAAAAGGCCCUAGUUUUGAUUUGGUUUCGUAUUUUCUAUUGCUCUAUAACAAAUGAGUCAUGUUAUGUGUAUUUUAAAUGUCAUGUGUUUCAGCAGUGCUUAUUUUAAGUGAUCAGAAUGGCUGUAGAAAUGAGGAGAAAUGAGAAAUUGUCUGUUAGGGAACCUGAUCAUGGCUGCUGUUUAUAACUUACGGUAGCUCUUACCAAUCAAUAUCAUGCAGCGUUUUAUUUUUAAUUCCUCACAGAAACAGAAAUGAUUACUUGGCUUUACGCGAAAUAUUUUUCAGCGCUGAACUUUGUAGUUACUGCUCCACUAUAACUGAUGCAAUACUGAAAAGACAAGCACUUUACUGGUAUAAAAAGUAGCUAAGAAA